AUGUCUGCGUUUGAGAAACUGAAACUUCUGAUUUGGAAAAAUUUUCUUUUACAAAAGAGACACAAAUACCAAACUCUGUUUGAGAUAGCAUCACCUGUGAUAUUUUCACUAUUUUUAAUAUUAAUACGAUGUCUCGUCGAUCCACAAUCAAAACCCGACACAUCGUACCAGCCUUUUCUUCCGACCUAUUUCAAUAUGAGUGGAAGACAAUUAGGAAAUCUCACGACAGCAAAGAGUGAUGGCACGUUAGCUUUCUCUCCUGAAAAUCCUUUAACCAGGAAAGUUACCAAAGAUGCCAUGGCAAAGGUGGCCUUGGACAAUCUCAAUGGGUUCAUAGCUCUUCUAUUUGAUCCUAGAGUAUUACCUGAACCAAAAGGAUUCAAUGAUUCAUCUCAACUAGAGGCAGCCCUCUCUAAGCCGAAUGUCAUGAAUCACAUCCUUGUUGGCAUACAGUUUGAUGAUAGUAUGGCCAAUGCUACUGAAUGGCCAGAGGAUAUUAAUGUGACCUUGAGAUUCCCAGCCGUUAUGAGGACUCCUAUGCUAGAACAUCCUUUAAGGAUCAGCUGGAGAACGAAUCUCUUAUUCCCGUUAUUCCCGCAGCCUGGGCCUAGAGUUCCCAAGGACAUGUAUGGUGGUAAAACGCCAGGGUAUUCCCCGGAGAUGUUCCUAGCGGUUCAGCACGCUGUGUCGCAGGAGAUAAUAAAACAGAAGACUGGGAAAUCCAUCAACACUAAAGUGUACUUACAACGUCUACCUCAACUGUCUUAUAGACAGGACGACUUAUUAGUUGCUAUGGAAAGAUUUAUAUCUAUGAUCAUUAUGAUGUGCUUCGCUUACACGUUCGUGAACACAGUCAGGGUUGUCACCGCUGAGAAAGAAAUGCAGUUGAAGGAGACAAUGACUAUAAUGGGACUGCCGUCAUGGCUGCAUUGGUUGGCGUGGUUCAUCAAACAAUUCUCUUUCCUAUUAAUAUCUGUUAUCCUCAUGGUCAUAUUGUUUAAGAUUCCCUUCAACUCUACGUCAGACGGUGAAGGGUACGCGGUCCUAACUUUCACACCAUGGAGCGUACUAUUCUUCUUCUUAAUAUUAUUCGUGAUCGCCUCAUUGUCUUUCUGUUUUAUGGUCAGCGUGUUUUUCACAAGAGCGAACACAGCGGCGUCGUUCAUGGGCCUGGCUUGGUUCUCGACAUAUUCGGCUUAUAUGUUGACUCAAAUGUUAUAUGAAGAUAUAAGUUUAACGACGAAGUUAUUGCUAAGUUUGAUAUCGAACACAGCUAUUGGUUACGCACUACAGAUGUUGGUAGUAUGUGAGGGAACUUCCAGAGGUCUACAAUGGGACGAGUUCUUCAUGCCGGUGUCCUAUCAUGAUCAGUUCCAGCCGGGUCACGUAGCGCUCAUGCUGGUCCUAGAUUCGAUUCUGUACAUGCUAAUAGCUGUGUACGUCGAGAAAAUUCGACCCGGCUUAUACGGAGUGCCGUUGCCAUGGUAUUUUCCGUUCACAAAAAGUUUCUGGUGUCCCGAUAACACUAAAGUUGCUGCACUAUCGAAUAAAGACGGCGUCGAUCAGGAAUACAAGAACGCUCUGUUGAAAGUAAUACACGAUGAGGAACCGAAGGGCGUACCGAUGGGCAUUAAUAUAGAGAAUCUUACGAAAGUAUACAAAGGAAGGAAAAAGGCUGUCGAUAAUUUGAAUCUUAGGAUGUAUGAAAAUGAAAUAACAGUACUGCUUGGUCACAACGGUGCCGGGAAAACGACGACUAUAUCAAUGUUGACGGGUAUGGUUCCACCAUCAUCCGGCACGGCAACUAUAAACGGUUACGACAUCACCCGUGAGACGGAACAGGCUCGCAAGUCCAUCGGCAUAUGUCCACAACACAACGUCUUAUUCCCCGACCUGACUGUAGCUGAACAUAUUAUAUUCUACUCAAGAUUAAAAGGAGUCCCAGCCUCUAAGUUACAGGCGGAGGUAGAUCAUUUCGUGAAGCUGUUAGAAUUGGAGGAAAAGCGUAAUGUAAUAUCGAAGCAUCUAUCAGGAGGUCAAAAGCGUCGUCUGUCUGUUGGGGCGGCGAUGUGUGGCUCAUCUAGAGUGGUACUACUAGAUGAACCUACAUCUGGUCUAGACCCUGCCGCUAGACGAUCACUAUGGGACCUAUUACAGCGGGAAAAGAAAGGUCGUACAAUGAUAUUGACGACCCACUUUAUGGAUGAGGCGGAUGUUUUGGGUGAUCGUAUCGCCAUUAUGUCCGGUGGCCGCCUUCAAUGUGUUGGUACGCCUUAUUUCUUGAAGAAGCACUAUGGAAUCGGAUACAAACUGACCAUAGUCAAGCGAGAUAAUUGCAAUGUCAAUGACGUGACGCAGUUCUUUAAACCGUUCGUGCCUGAUAUAAGGGAAAAUACCAAUAUAGGUUCUGAAUUAACAUACAUUCUGCCAAAUGAACACGUCAACAAAUUCCCCGAUAUGCUCAAAAAGUUCGAAGAGGAAAAAGAUAAUUUAAAGAUAUCAAGCUACGGUUUGUCUGUGACGAGUCUGGAGGAAGUUUUUAUGAAAGCCGGCGCUGAGGAGAACGAUGUUUCGGACAGAAAGAAAAACGGUACAAGUGUGGCAACACAUAAUGAUUGUGCGGUAGGACCAAUAGAUCGACAUCACAACAUAUUGGACAAUGAACCGAUACAGAAAGUGAGAGGAUUCAAACUUCUCCGAAACCACAUAAAGGCGAUGUUCCUAAAACUUUGCUACAACACAAUGAGGAAUAAACUAGCUUCAUUCAUACAAAUAAUAACACCAAUAAUAAAUAUAUCUAUAUCAGUGUGGAUAGCUCGCUCUUGGAAAUUCAUGUCCCAAUUGCCACCGUUGGAACUAAGUUUGGAGAGUGGCUUUAGAAAAACUGUCACUUUAGUAUCAGAAGGAACGAAUUUAACUGAUAACAGCAUAGAAAGGAGAGCAAUGAUGGCUUAUAAGGACUACUUCAAAAGUAGUUCAAACCCGACCAUGUUGUUGACUGAUAUCGGAAGAUUAGAUCUAUCCAAGUUCUAUUUGAAAUUGCUUCAAGCAGAUUUGCCGAGGGUUCGUUAUGAGAAUUUAGUAGGGGCUACGUUCUCACCUCAACGUAUAACGGCGUGGUUCAGUAACUAUGGUUACCAUGACUCGGCUAUAUCACUCGCCAUGGCCAAUAAUGCCAUCAUGAGAGCUCUAUCGCCAGGCAGUUCCUUACGAUUUAUCAACCACCCACUACCCUACUCCAUUGAAAAUUUGGUCCGUGUGAUGGCGAGCGGCAGCAGUAUGGGAUUUCAGUUCGCAUUUAAUAUCGGAUUCUGUAUGGCUUUUGUUACAUCUUUUUUAGUUCUCUUCGCUAUUAAGGAGCGUGUAAGCGGCGCGAAGCUACUCCAGCGAGUAUCAGGAGUACGUCCCGCAAUAAUGUGGACGACCGCCCUUAUAUGGGACUGGUUCUGGCUGUUCAUAGUAUUCAUAGCAAUCAUAGUCACACUUGGAUUCUUCCAAGAGAACACACUAGCGACACCCGCUGAAUUAGGGAGGGUGAUGUUGGUUUUAAUUAUAUUCGCCUUCGCGAUGAUACCGUUACACUAUUUGGCGUCCUUUUAUUUCGAAGCAUCAGCGACUGGUUUCUCAAAAAUGUGCUUCAUCAAUAUAUUUUCAGGUUGUAUGCCUUUCUUAAUAACAGAAGUGUUAAGAUUACCGGAGGUCGGUAAUCCGUACUAUGCCCAUAUAUUCGACUGGGUGUUCUCGCCUCUACCUAUAUACUGUAUCAGCAGAAGCUUCAGGGAUAUGAGCGUGUCUUCGUUCUCCCUGCUCGCGUGUGACGCUCUGUGCGCGCAGCUGCCCGGUGUGAACUGCACUCGCUUCACGGUCUGCACGAAACUCAACGUCUCGGUUUGUUGUAUGGAGGACGAUCCUUUCUUAAGAUGGAGUGAGCCGGGCAUAGGUCGUUAUCUGUUCACAAUGACUCUAGUUGGACUCAUCUCAUUCACGAUACUACUUAUAAAGGAAUACGAAAUAUUAAAUAAGGUAUUCUACUCUGAAAGCAAGCACGGCCUGCCUCCGUUAGUAGGUGAUGAAGACAGCGAUGUAGCUAACGAAAGACAAACAGUGAAGGCGCUCACUAGAAACGAAUUAACGCAACAGAGUCUUGUUUGUAGAGACUUGACUAAGUACUAUAAGGACUUUCUUGCGGUCAACAGACUUAGUUUCGCGGUACAUAAGGGUGAAUGUUUCGGUCUGUUGGGUAUUAACGGCGCGGGUAAGACGAGUACGUUCAGAAUGUUGACGGGCGACGCGCGACUCAGCUGUGGAGACGCGUACGUACACGGACUGUCGCUGAAGACGAGGAUACAGGAUGUUCACAGGCACAUCGGAUACUGUCCGCAAUUCGACGCGUUAUUAGAGAAUUUAACAGCACGAGAAACUUUAAAGAUAUUCUGUCUGUUGCGUGGUAUACCUGUUAAAGUUGGUUCCGCGAGGGCCAUACAGUUGGCAGAAAUGUUGGGAUUCUUGAGGCAUUACGAUAAAAAGGUUCACGAAUGUAGUGGUGGCACUAAAAGGAAAAUUAGUACAGCACUAGCACUCCUUGGGGAUUCACCUUUAGUGUUUCUUGAUGAACCAACUACAGGCAUGGAUCCUGCCUCAAAGCGUCUAGUAUGGCGUUGUGUUAGCGAAGCAGCGGCCGGAGGUAGAAGUGUGGUCCUUACAUCCCACAGUAUGGAGGAAUGUGAAGCGCUGUGUUCACGAUUAACUGUCAUGGUUAAUGGACAAUUGUAUUGCCUUGGACCUCUGCAGCAUCUCAAGAAUAAGUUCUCACAAGGUUACACACUUAUCGUGAAAUGUUCAUCUGGUGCAGACAGAGACGCGACUGUAGCGAAAAUAAACCAAUACGUCACCGACAAUUUUCGGGACGCUAAACUUAUUGAAACGUACCUGGGCAUAAGUACUUACUAUCUGAACGACCAAGAUCUUCCGUGGUGGAGAGUUUUUCAUCUCAUGGAAGAAGCUAGAAGCCAAUUCCCCAUAGAAGACUAUUCUGUAUCUCAAACCACGCUGGAGCAAGUGUUCCUUCGCUUCACGAGGAAUCAAGGUCGUGGGGAUUAA